GUUUUCUGUGGCAAUAAUUGAAGUUUGAACUUACAAUUUACAAAUCUUAUUGAAAAAAAUAAGUAAAAAACAAAUAUUCAAAAAUUGUGUACGAAAAGUGAAAACCAAGCUGUUUCAACUCGUAUUUUUACAACGACUCAAUGGCGCCUAUUGUAAAAAAUAUCUUACACGCGGGUCAAAAGUAUAUUCCUAUUACAGAUGGUAGCAAGGCUCAUUUUCAUUUCCAAACUUGGAAGCUGGGAAAAGAAAGAACCCUUGUUGACGAUAGUAAAAAGAUUGGUAAAAAGGAGCCAAUGGUAUUAGUAAUUGGUCACAAAUUUAAAUUAGAGGUUUGGGAAACUAUAGUCAAAAUGAUGGCAGUAGGAGAAGUCUCUAGUUUUAUUGUGCAAAAGGAGCUAGUUUAUAGUUAUCCUUUUGUGUCUAAAACCUUAAGAGAACUAGGACAAGAGCAAAAAGUUAAACAUUCAUGCACAAUGACUUUGCAUACAGAAGGCAUUGGAUAUCCUGAUCUUGAUGACUUAAUAAGUAAUCCCUGUGAUUUGGAGUUUAUUAUAGAACUGUUGCAAGUUGAGAAGUCAGAUGAAUAUGAGAAGGAACUCUGGCAGCUCAAUAUAGAACAAAGACUGAAGUUAGUACCUGAACUAAAAGAGAAAGGCAAUAAGUUAUAUGCUGAAAAACAGUACAGCAAAGCUGAGGACUGUUACGGACAAGCACUGGCUAUUCUGGAGCAAUUAAUGAUUAGAGAGAGGAAGAAAGAUGAAGAAUGGAUAACUCUUAACAACCUAAAACUACCCAUUCUUCUAAACUAUGCACAAUGCAAGCUUCUCAAAGAUGAUUAUUAUGCGGUUUUAGAGCAUUGUAAUACAGUUCUUGAGCAUGAUAAAGAUAAUGUCAAAGCACUAUACCGACGCGGUCGUGCACACGUUGGUGCUUGGAAUCCCGAGGAAGCAGAAAAAGACUUUUUGCGAGUGAAAGAACUUUGCCCUACUCUAGCUGCGGGCAUUAAUAAGGAGCUGGAUAAUAUUCGAUCUCUAAAAAAAGAGAAAGCUGAAAAAGACCGAGAUGCGUUGAGAAAAAUAUUUGAUAAAGAACGUGAUGAAACAUAAUACUAGUUAUUGUUGCAAACAUGUGUUGUUGUGUGUUAAAACUAGAUGGCGUUACCCUUAUAUUAAUUAAAAGUGCAAUAGCAGCAGUGUAUUUAAAAAUGAUAGAUUUUUAGAAGUUCUGAAUUUUUUUAUUAAGAAAAUACAGUUACACAUUUCAUUUAAGUUAUCUAUAACGUUAAAUAUUCUAACUUAUUAUAAGCUAUUCAUACUCACUUUAAUGAAAGCAUAUUUUUAUAUGUAUAUAGACAAAAAAAUCUGUUUGAGGUUAGUGCAUACCGAUAUUCCUAAAGUUCCUGAGAUUACGGUGUUAAACCAAAUAAAUUUUGUAGCUUAAAAAUCUAAAUGUCUCUUCGUUUUUAGAGUAUUGCUUUGUUUGUAAUGAUAGAACGACAAGGAAAUACUUUUAUACCGUUUCUAUGUAGAAAAUAAUAUAUCUAUUACAUAAAAAUAUUGAAUUGAUGUUCUUCCUGUUUAACUAUUGUUAUCAAUUAAAGCAUUUUUUUAGAAACAAAAUUUGUGAUUCAUGUGUAUUUACAUUUUUUUACAUACUGUAGAUUGUACUAACAACUGACUGAUAAUUAUGUUAGAUACUUAUUUAG